GUCACUUGUCAUGCCAUUGGUGGAAAUAAAAUUGAUACAGUGUCUUGUAUUGUAGGUACAUAAUAUUGUAUUUAUUCAGCAAAAAAGGGAAUUUGCAUUGUUUUGACAGAUUCUUAAAUCUCAGCAUUGUAUAAUAUCGAGUAUCAUAGUAAUCAUAGUAUCAGUAAGUGUGACGCACAAGGCACAAUAAAUCGUAAAAGGGUUUUUAGACAGAGAAGACCUACUAUUUCGGUGUCAUGAUAAAAAAUGUCAUCUAAGCCUGAAAAUGAUGACGACUCUUUUAUAAUUAUCCUCGGUACGUCCCCCGGAGCAAGUAUGGACGUUGAAAAUUGCAAUGGAAUUAUGAAUGGUGACCCAGAACCAGUGAUGCACAAAUCACAAAUAGAGGAUGCCAUGAAGGAUCUGUCUGUAGAAGCUAAUAUGGCUUUCAAAGCUCAAUUCAGUCUUGCUGACAGUCCAUCUCCAGCUAGUAUGAUGGUGGCUAGUACGAUAAUAACUGAUGACAGAAGUACAGAAGAGCUACAGAAACGCUUCGGGGAGUUGCUUGAUGAGAACGUGGUCUUGAAGGAGACGUUGAAACAGAAUAACGAUUCGAUGAAGGAACAGUUCAUGCUGAUAGCUUCCUGUCAAGAGGAUAUGUUAAAGACCCACAAGUUACACAGGGAGAAAUUCGAUGAGACAAGAGAUCUAGUUGAGAGGCUCAGACAUGAAAACAAGCAAUUAAAACACGACAUGUCACGUUUAACCGAAGCAGAGGUGAAUGUCAACAAUGAGACAGGCGAAAGCAAGUCUGGUGUCUCGUCGGAAAUCGAAUUCGUUACCUCCCCCGACGACGACACCAUCGACAAGCUUACCGUGCAGCUGGAGCUAGUUGAAAAACAAAGGCGACAGGUAAUUGUAGAAAAUGAGAAAUUGUCCUGGCAAAAAGAGUCCUUGGAGCACAUUGUUGAUGCCACUACAAAAGAAAGAGACGACGCCAAGGAAAAGUUGAAGAAUGUUGAGCUUCAACUGUCGAACAAAGAAAACGACCAUAUGCAGGAAUUACAAAAACUAAACUUCAUCAUAAACGACUUGCAAAGUAAAUUAAAGUCGUCCAGCUCUAAUGUAUCCCCAGAGGAGUUCAUGAAACGAGAGGCGUACACACAACAGUUGGAAGGGAAAUAUUCUAUGUUGCAAAAUGAGUUAAAGAAAGCUCAAAUAAAAAUUAUAGACUUGGAAAACGUAAAAUUGGAGUUCACACAGCACAAGUCCGGAACAUUGGAGACGGUGAAGAUGUACAAAGAACAGAUACAAGAGUUAAACAAUAGAAUAAAGGAGAUCCAGAAAACGGUAUUCCAGCCAGUUCGCUUUUCGAUCAGCUCCGAAAACGAGUCAUUACCAGAAUAUGCGAACUAUAUGUCCAGUGUGAAGCUCUACGACAGAACUCUUAAACACCUCUCCGAAUAUUUAGAUACGUUGACUAAUGGAUUAUCAGACAGCCUGGUCCAUACAUUAGGAGUGAUCGCAAGUCUGCAAGACGUCAAGUUGGAACGAGCUUCGGUGGACAGGGUGAUGAGUGGGCUCGCUGAGGUGAAGCGAAUGAUCGAGAAGCAACACAGCGCUGCUCUCAGCAAUCUAGGUCAAGUUCGAGGCGCGCUGUCUAUUUUCGAAGGGAUAUUCAAAGAUUUUAACGAGCUCCUUAAAAAGUCAGUCACGAAAUCCGAAAAUACGCCGGCGCAGCUGUCGGCGGCGCUGCUGGCGCGCGCGCGCGAGGUGUCGUCGCUGCGCGCGGAGCUGGCCGACUGCGAGCUGCUGCGCGCGCAGCUCGACUCCUACCGAAGUGACUUCGAAGCUGAACGAGAGGCAAGGGAGAAGAUGGCGAGUGAGAAGGAGAUCAUACUCACAGAUCUCAGAACCGCUCAGCGAAAAAUACAAGAACUUACAACUCAGUUGGAAAAAAUCCGCGCAUUAAACCCGGCGUUACACAAGAGCGUCACCACGAAUCGACCGACCACCGCGUCUGCCAGACCUGCCGCCACGAUGGCCGCCACCAACGCUACAACUGCCAGCACCACCACUACCACCGGCAAUAUGGUCUACACUUGUCCAAAAUGUAUGAAGUUCUCGAGCGACCAGUACAAAGUAAUGGAGGACCACUUCGAUUUCUGCUUGGAUGACUUUUGAACAGGUGUAAGUAUUGUCGUCCUUGUCACACUACUAGUCUGAAUGUGUAAAUUCGUAUGUGUUAGAGUGUAUACGAUAUAGUUACCGUUAGUUUGAAUUUGUUAUAUAAUAUUUCAAAGCUAUAUAUGUAUCUAUUGUAUUUAAUUUUAUAACACGUGUCGAUUAAGAGAUUAUUUAUAAACGGCGGAAAGUGCAUAAAUUAGGAUCGACAGCAAAAUUGUUUUAAUUAUUUCUGAUUAAAUUGAAACUGUGUUAAUCGU